AUGAACUCCCUUAACAUACUCUCGGCGCGAGUCUCGCCGCCCCAGACGCCAACUACCUCGAGGACUAACUCGCACGCGAACCUUCUGUCUGCAACUGAUCGCAGAAACUCGAGAGACAGUAUUCUGGAGGAGAAAGUGCCAUACGAUGUAGAUGUACAAGAAGGGGAUUUCGAUGGCGACAGUACUAUACAGGAGGAGACCCCUCUCCUCAGCAAAGAAGCGAACAGUUAUCCACCAGAACAGUUUAGUUGGCAUAGGAUACCUAAAAGAAUCUCGACAGCAGUCAUCGAAUCUCUGCGCUGGAUGCUUUCUACAUUAGCUACUCCCGGCAUAUACUUAAUCGCCUGCCUUUACGACGAGGGAGGGAACUUCGCACCCUUUUCACAACUGAGGAAGCUCGGUACCCCAUUCUCUCGGAAUGACACGCAACGGUCGGGCGGCAGAGACGGUGCAAAUUCUCAAGAAAAUUCUAUGCGGCUAGGAAAGACCAGUCAUGAGAAGAGACAGAGCCGCCGGAAUUCGGUCGCAGGCAGUCGAAAGAUUGCAUCUAAUUCUUCCUCCUCGGGACUUUCCUCGGAAUCAGAAUCGGAUCGAGACCUUUCUCAUGUGGAAGACAGUCUAGACUCGCCGGCAGUGAGACGCCACGUGCGUCCGAAGUCUCUAGAACCUUUGGAUGAAGUCGCUCCCACAAGACGUUCCAUCCGCAUCAAACUUCACAAUGAAGAUAGCAUGCGGCAGAGGAAACAUCGGCGUACACAGUCUUCGAGUAUGCAGAACAGUGACCCUAGCAAUGUGUCCACCGGGGAUGUACCUUCUGCUUCUAUAAAAUCACCGACAUCGCCUUCUUCCUCACUUCUGAUGACCAGAUAUCCUCGUGCUCCUGCUGCCCCACGACCGCUUAUACCAGAGCGGCAACCUUCAUACGUACUUCCAGACCCACUCAGUGGUAGAGUGAUUCAAAAGACCCUCAUCCUAGAUCUCGACGAAACACUCAUCCAUAGCAUGGCCAAAGGUGGUCGUAUGGGUACCGGCCACAUGGUAGAGGUAAAGUUGAAUACAGUGGUUGGAGCAGGCGGGAACGCAACUUUGGGCCCUCAACAUCCAAUCUUAUAUUACGUUCACAAAAGGCCACAUUGUGAUGACUUCUUGAGAAAGGUGUGCAAAUGGUACAACUUGGUCGUUUUUACAGCUUCGGUCCAGGAGUACGCAGACCCAGUCAUUGAUUGGUUAGAGCAGGAGCGCAAAUUCUUCUCGGGACGAUAUUAUCGCCAGCAUUGUACAUUUCGGCACGGGGCUUUCAUUAAAGAUCUGAGCUCGGUCGAGCCGGAUCUUAGUAAGGUCAUGAUCUUGGACAACAGCCCUUUGAGUUAUAUGUUUCACCGAGAUAAUGCUAUACCAAUAGAAGGUUGGAUCAAUGAUCCAACUGACAAUGACCUGCUGCAUCUCGUGCCUCUGCUGGAGGGCCUUCAGUGGGUGACAGAUGUUAGAGCUCUGCUGGGGCUACGAGGGGGUGAAGAUGGGAAGCAAUAG